AGUGUCAAUUCAUUGAUGUUUGUGUGACGCUAGUGGGCGGUCGUUUACGCGGACAAAGCAAUGUGUGUUUAAUGGUUUAAUGGAAUUCGCACAUAGUACUGGUGAACUGAACUGGGUUGCUGUUUUGGACACCGUUGAAAAAUAUUGCCAUUGUAUUGGCAUUGCUUUAAAUUAGGGAUAAUUCAUGACGUAAUAAUAUAUAAUACAUAGAGAACAAGAUGUCCAAAACAAAUUCUUUUGCGUUAAUACCGCAGACGGAUAAGAAAAUGAAGAAAAGGAUAAAACUUGUACCACCUGAUGGAGGAUGGGGUUGGAUGGUUUUAUUAGGAACCGCCCUUACAAAUAUAUUUAAUCAAUCCAUGUUAUCAUUAUGUACUUUUUUAUACGGAGAUGCAUUGGAAGCAAUGGGAUAUGCAACGCAAGGAGCAGCGCUUGUUUUAAGUACAAUGUUAUUCGUCUCCAAUUUAGGUGGACCGAUAGCUGGCGCAGUAGUCAAAUUGUCAAGUCCCAGAUUCGUAUCAGUAACAGGCGCAGUUUGUUGUUCAGUUGGCAUAUUGUUCAGUGGAUUCUCUACAAAUAUAUGGCAUUUAGUUUUGACCUACGGCAUUUUAUUAGGUCUUGGCCUGGGUUUUAUUCAGAACGCUUCAUUUGUGUCUAUCAACGGCUAUUUCAAAGAGCGGAAAAGUCUAGCCGUUGGUCUCGCUAUGGCGGGAACAGGUGUUGGACAGACUCUAAUGCCACACGUAGUGCGAUAUCUUUUGGAAAAUUUUGGAUUUAAAGGAGCGUGUCUACUAUUAGCAGCUUUAAGUUUACAUGGGAUAUGCGGGACACUUUUGUUACAACCUGUGGAAUGGCAUAUGAAGAAAGUUGAAGAAGAAGUUGAAGUUGACGAAAAGAUGCAUCUACUUGAGGAUAGCAAUAAAGAUGCACCUAAAACUAAAGACCAUAAUGCUAACGGUAACGUUACAUUCAAAGGAACAAGACGUGCUACAGAACCAACACUUUGUUCAGAGAUUGGAGCUGAAUCACCAAAGAAAUCAUUAUCACAAAGUAACAAAGAACUACAAGUGCAUUCCAAUGGGAAAUCAAUCGAAAAACUAAAUGGAAACUACGUAGUACCAACUCCAAAGAAGACGAUGUUUAGAAAAAUAUAUGACUUAUUCGACAUAUCUCUUUUGUCCAGUCCUCGUUUUAUAAAUGUGAUCGUGGGCACUGCAAUAACAGUAGUGUCAAUUCAAAACUUCAGCAUGUUGUAUCCUUUGUUCCUACAGAAAAAAGUAUUUUUGGAUAAACAGCAAACGGCGAAUUGCAUGUCCGCUGUUGCUUUAGCUGAUAUUGUCGGCAGACUUACAUUGCCAAUGUUUCAAGAUAAAUAUCACAUUAAAGCCAGAACGAUGCUAAUCAUGACCAGCAUAUGGCUGAUAGUAGUACGACAAAUUUUGGCGUAUCAAACCGAUGUUUACGUGCUCCUGGCUAUGUCAGCUCUAUAUGGAUUUGGAAGGAGUAUGGUAAUCGUUGCCAGGAACAUCGCUAUUUCCGAUCAGUGUAGAAUGGACCAAGUACCAUCUGCCGUUGGUUUGGGGAUGUUGAGCAUAGGCAUCAUUGUACCACCAGCGGGACUCUUCCUCGGGUGGAUCAGAGAUUACACUGACAGUUACAUCAUCUGUAUUACGGCGCAGAAUUUAUUCUUGGUUGUCUUUUUGGCUAUGUGGAUACCGGACAUGUUAUAUUUAUACUACCAAGAGAAAAGGGAGAAAAGAAAAAAGAUCGAACAAGCUAUAUCAUAACAGUAAAGUAUUGUUUUUUUUUAAAUGCAGUGAUUACUUACUCAUUGAGUUUACCAAUACUAUUGAACGGGGUUUAGAUCCGCACAGAUUUUCCUGUGAUAUAUAACAUAAUGGAGUUGUAUUGUAUGUUAAGGUCUAGGCUUAUUGGCUGUGAGAUUAAAUGAGUGAAAUGAAUGUAAAUUAUCUAAAUAAAGCUACGUACGAGCAUCAUAUCAUUUGGUACGACUAAGCUUAUCACACCAAUUUUAUCAUUCAAAAUACAAACGUUAAGACUGGACAAAACAGUGUUAUAAUAAUUAUGUGAAGAUUCUUUAAUAAUUUAUUUAGUAAAUUUAAUAUAUUAUAAUCUCUAGUCUAAUAAAAUAUUAAUUGAAUUA